GGGCGCCGGGCAAGAUGGCCGCGCACCUGUCUUACGGGCGAGUGAACUUGAACGUCCUGCGCGAGGCGGUGCGUCGCGAGCUGCGCGAGUUCCUGGACAAGUGCGCGGGGAGCAAGGCAAUUGUGUGGGAUGAGUACCUAACUGGACCCUUCGGCCUGAUUGCCCAGUACUCCCUGCUCAAGGAACACGAAGUGGAGAAAAUGUUCACCCUUAAGGGGAGCCGUUUGCCGGCAGCCGAUGUCAAGAACAUCAUCUUCUUCGUCAGGCCCAGGCUGGAGUUGAUGGACAUAAUCGCAGAAAACGUGCUCAGCGAAGACCGACGUGGCCCAUCGAGAGAUUUCCACAUCCUGUUUGUGCCGCGCCGCAGCUUACUGUGUGAACAGCGGCUGAAAGAUCUCGGUGUCCUGGGAUCCUUUAUCCAUCGGGAGGAGUACAGCCUUGAUCUCAUCCCCUUUGAUGGCGACCUCCUGUCCAUGGAAUCGGAGGGCGCGUUCAAAGAGUGCUACCUGGAGAGCGACCAGACGAGCCUGUACCACGCGGCAAAGGGGCUGAUGACCCUGCAGGCGCUGUACGGGACCAUCCCCCAAAUCUUCGGGAAAGGAGAGUGUGCACGGCAAGUGGCCAAUAUGAUGCUCAGGAUGAAGAGGGAGUUUACAGGGAGCCAGAACUCAGUAUUCCCCGUGUUCGAUAACCUCCUGCUGCUCGACCGCAACGUGGACUUGCUGACGCCGCUAGCCACCCAGCUCACGUAUGAAGGGCUCAUUGACGAGAUCUAUGGCAUCCAGAACAGUUACGUGAAGUUGCCACCAGAGAAAUUCGCGCCCAAGAAGCAGGGCGAGAGCGGGAAGGAUCUGCCCACAGAAGCCAAGAAGCUGCAGCUGAACUCGGCAGAGGAGCUGUACGCCGAGAUCCGGGAUAAGAACUUCAACGCCGUGGGCUCCGUGCUGAGCAAGAAAGCCAAGGUCAUCUCAGCGGCCUUUGAGGAGCGGCACAAUGCCAAGACGGUCGGGGAGAUCAAGCAGUUCGUGUCCCAGCUGCCCCACAUGCAGGCCGCCAGGGGCUCCCUGGCAAACCACACCUCCAUCGCGGAGCUCAUCAAAGAUGUCACCACCUCCGAAGACUUCUUUGAUAAGUUAACUGUGGAGCAAGAGUUUAUGUCUGGAAUCGACACUGAUAAGGUCAACAAUUACAUUGAGGAUUGCAUUGCCCAGAAGCACCCUCUGAUCAAGGUGCUGAGGCUUGUGUGCCUCCAGUCCGUGUGUAACAGCGGCCUCAAACAGAAAGUUCUGGACUAUUACAGAAGAGAGAUCCUUCAGACCUAUGGCUACGAGCACAUCUUGACCUUGCACAGCCUGGAGAAGGCGGGGCUGCUGCGGGCACAGACGGGCGGCCGCAACAACUACCCCACCAUCCGGAAAACCUUACGGCUCUGGAUGGAUGACGUCAACGAACAAAACCCCACGGACAUAUCCUACGUGUACAGCGGCUACGCCCCGCUCAGCGUGCGCCUGGCCCAGCUGCUCUCCCGACCCGGCUGGCGGAGCAUCGAGGAGGUGCUGCGCAUCCUCCCCGGGCCCCACUUCGAGGAGCGGCAGCCCCUGCCCACCGGCCUGCAGAAGAAACGUCAGCCCGGGGAAAACCGCGUCACGCUGGUCUUCUUCCUGGGGGGCGUGACCUUCGCGGAAAUUGCCGCGCUGCGGUUUCUCUCGCAGCUGGAAGACGGCGGCACCGAGUACGUCGUCGCCACCACGAAGCUCAUGAACGGAGCCAGCUGGAUCGAGUCUCUCCUGGAAAAGCCGGUCUAGCGCGUUCUCAGCGAACUUCGCCAGUGCGCUGCCGGACGCCUACGCUCCCCUUGGAAGAAGCGGCCGAAAGGAGGUGGAGCCCCACGGGAGAACAGCGCCGGGGGUCGACGCCAGGGCCAGCUGCUUGAAUUCUGCUGCAGUUCCUCCGACCGCUGCUCCUCUGUCUUCCCGCGUUCUUGGAGAAAGGAGGGGAGAAGAGAGUGGAGUCGGGUAGCAGAGACACCAGUGUGAAUUUGCGGGACUCAAGACGCUCAUUAGAAGUCUCUGGAAUUACCUUCACUGGGCCGGCUAGAUGGUCCCGGCAGCCACACAAUCUGGGCUGGUUCUUAAACUAGGGAAGCAGUGAACUGUCUCACCCCCAAUAGAGGGCAUUCUGUUUCUAGAGGGGACGUGGUGCUCACAGCAGCAACAGGUGUCGGGCAGGGGGUUGGAGCCGAUGUGUCCCCCAGGUGAAGAUUUGGAAACAUUGCACUUCAUAUCUCCAGUAUCUCCAGGCUGAGUUUCAUCCAAACUGCACAGCCACUUGGUCCCUUUUGCUUUUUAGAAAGCAAGAGUUGGAUUAGGGGUGGGGAGGGGGAAGAGUCUUUUAAUAAAAACAAAGUGAUCUGCCUGGGAA